CGGCCUGCAAGCGUCCCGCGCUGGAGCCCGAGAGGCGGGCCCGUCAGAUUUUUUAAAAAAUGGAUUUGACCAACCAUGGACUUAUUCUACUGCAGCAGUUAAAUGCACAGCGCGAGUUUGGGUUCCUGUGUGACUGCACGGUUGCCAUCGGCGAUGUGUACUUCAAGGCACACAAAUCUGUUCUUGCGUCAUUCUCCAAUUACUUUAAGAUGUUGUUUGUCCAUCAGACCAGCGAAUGUGUCCGACUGAAACCCACUGACAUCCAGCCUGACAUCUUCAGCUAUCUCCUGCACCUCAUGUACACUGGAAAGAUGGCACCGCAGCUCAUCGACCCGGUCCGCCUGGAGCAGGGCAUCAAGUUCCUGCACGCAUACCCGCUGAUCCAGGAGGCCAGCCUUGCCAGCCAGGGUACCUUCACCCAUCCGGACCAAGUCUUUCCACUGGCUUCCUCCCUCUAUGGCAUUCAGAUCGCAGACCACCAGUUGAGACAAGCCACCAAGAUCACCCCUGCACCUGAAAAACUUGGGCGGGACCCAAGACCUCCGGCCUCUAGAAUGGGUGCAGAGCAGGUGCCAGAUGCAGCCUCACAGCUAUCUCAGCUGCCCCCCAACCUGACCCAGGUGAAUCGGACAAACAUGCCUUCCUCCGACCCACUGCCAAGCUCACUCUCUCCGGAACUCGUCUCCACUCCCGUUCCUGCCCCUCCUUCCGGAGAGGAGACCAAUCUGGAAGCCUCUUCCUCCGACGAGCAGCCUACAUCCCUCACCAUAGCUCAUGUCAAGCCGAGCAUCAUGAAGCGGAACGGGAGCUUCCCCAAGUACUACGCCUGCCACCUGUGUGGCCGGCGCUUCACCCUGCGGAGCAGCCUGCGUGAGCACCUGCAGAUCCACACCGGUGUGCCUUUUGCAGCCGGCCCACAGGGCGAGAGCCGCGGGCCCCUGUCCCUGUGCAGCAAUGCAGCCGACCUCGGCAAGGACGCCAUGGAAGUGCCAGAAGCCGGGAUGAUCAGCGACAGCGAGCUGCAGCACAUCUCGGAUUCCCCCAUCAUCGAUGGGCAGCAGCAGUCAGAGACCCCCCCGCCCUCAGACAUUGCUGACAUUGACAACCUGGAGCAGGCCGACCAGGAGAGGGAGGUAAAGAGGCGGAAGUACGAGUGCACCAUCUGUGGACGCAAAUUCAUCCAGAAAAGCCACUGGCGGGAACACAUGUACAUACACACCGGGAAGCCUUUCAAAUGCAGCACUUGCGACAAGAGCUUUUGCAGGGCCAACCAGGCCGCCCGCCACGUGUGCCUGAACCAGAGUAUUGACACGUACACCAUGGUGGACAAGCAGACUCUGGAGCUCUGCACGUUUGAGGAGGGCAGUCAGAUGGACAACAUGUUGGUGCAGGCCAACAAACCCUACAAGUGCAACUUGUGUGACAAAACAUUCUCCACUCCCAACGAGGUUGUGAAACACUCAUGCCAAAACCAGAGCUCGGACGUUUUUGCCCUAGACGAGGGGCGGUCAGUGCUCCUGGGCAGUGGGGACUCUGAAGUGACGGAACCUGACCACCCAGUGUUAGCGUCCAUCAAAAAAGAACAGGAAACUGUAUUACUAGACUGAAUGUUACUUGUCUUUUUUAAAAACUGUCAUUUUUACAAAAACUAUCUUCCUUCUCUUCCCUCCAUUCAGAUUCGUAGUUCUCCAUGGCAUGAUCCGAGCAGGUCCCCAUCCCCACUCCCCCCACCGCCUCCCCCCACCACCUCCCCCCACCCCCACCUCUGUAAAGGCUUCGUGCAUUAUAAACCUGGAACCUACUUACUUUCAUUCAAGGGAUAUUGGAAAGAUAAUGGUCAGUAGAACUUAAACACUUAAGUAGAUUUUGAGAAGUUUUAGAUUAUUUAAAAGCAUACUUGGAACUAAUUAAGGGUAUAUACAAAACAGAACAACUAGAAUAUAAUUUGGUAAGCUAAAAUUAUGACUUUCCCUGGGUAAUAAGUCUUCCUUUUCAGAAAAAAGUAAUAUCAGAAAGUAUAAGGUGGCUAAGAGGUAAUUCUGGGCUCUGUACUAUGCAAAAUCUAGAUGGAGUGGAAACUUCAAACCCAAGAAAAUGUUUUCAGUAUUUUACCUUCCAGGUGUCUUAUUUCAGAAUGCAUCCUUUGCGAUUAUGUCCAGUUAAGAAAUCUCCUUUAACAAAACAGAAAAGAGAGUAAUAAUGUGAUGGCAAUCUUAAUUUUUGGAUAAAACCUGACAAGCUGUGAGUUUGUGUGUGUGUAAAACAUGUGGGUACUUCCUGUAAACCAGUGGAUUAAUGCACAUGCCUUAUCCAAUUGCUGGCUUCUUUCCAACUUGAACAACAGCAAAAUGACAAAUGUGUUUGUUUUUAAAAUCAGAUUGAAAAGAGAGAGUCUAUAGAUUAUCUUUCUGAGUAGAAGAUGACAUGUCAUUUGACAGUGGUAAAUUUGUUUCAGUGCCAACCUGCUGCUUUUCAAUCAGUGUAUGUGUAUACUGGAGAGGAAACGAUAUAGAAAUAUAUAUCUUACAUGGAAAGUUGAGCAGAAGAUAUAACUUUAAUGACUUUAAAAGUCAACACUAACAGUUUACUGGCACGGUUCAUUAAAGCACCAAAAAUGGCAAAGAGAAAUCAGGACAAAAAAAAUCUAAUUGCUAGGGCUGGAGACAGAAUCUAGCGGUAGAGCGCUUGUGCAGCACGCACAAGCCCUGGGUUCAAUCCUGGACCCACCCCAACCCACCCCCCAAAAAAA